AUGCCCAGCCAUAACACGGUGUCCAGCAACCGUCAGCUAUUCACGGCCGCCCUAAGUGGGCUUGCAGAUCCUGUCCCUGCUGCUUUCGCAUCGCCCCUUGGCGCCAUCCGCGAGAAGCAGACGAAACGUCAGUCGUACUGGAAGCCGCCACGA